AUACUUUAUAUGUAAGUGCCUUUGUAUGUUUUCAGGCUCUUGGCUCACAGUGAUGAGGUGGGUAUUGAUGAACCUAUGGACCAAGAUGACUCAAAAAAUCAAAAAGUACAAGUGGUUGGCCAAGGAGACAACAGAAGCCUGUCUUUGUUGGACCAAAAUAAAAUAUCUGAUGCAGAACAAGAAUUGGCAAACUUGGACACAGAAGAAACUAAAAUUGAUAACGAGAAAGGAGAGGAAAGUAAUGAAGUGGAGCAGCCAAAAUCCCUCCAGUGUGAUGAAUGUGGUAAGAAGUUUAAAUCUGAAACUGAAGUUGAGUUUCAUGCAGUUAAAUCUGGACACCAGAGUUUCUCAGAAUCAACAGAAGAAAUCCAACCUUUAACAGAAGACGACAAACGAGAGCAGUUAAGAAAGUUAGAAGAGAGAAUCAAACAGAGAAGAUUAGAAAGGGAGGAACUUGAAAAGAAAAGUGCUAUUGAAAGAGAAAAACAGAGGAGGAAAACAGGCCAAGAACUAACUCUUGCAAAACAGAAGAUGGAAGAAGAAGAAAUAAAAAGGCUAGCCGAGCAGAAACGAAAAGAAAAAUUAGAAGAGAAAAUGGCCAGACAGAGGGUGUUGGAAGAAAUAGAGAGAGAUAAACAAGCUCGAAAAGAGAAGUUUAAUAUAGGACCUCCAGCAGUGGCAGCUCCCUCCCCACCAUCACAACCUGUUCAGGAGGUUUCUAUACCAAAAGGAGUACGAUAUAGUCAACACAGACUCCAGAUCCGUUUGACAAAUGGCCAGACGUUAACUAAUAGUUUUGGUGCUAGUGAAGCAUUGGCUGCAGUUCGAUUGUACAUAGAACUUAACAGAACAGACGGAGGUCUCCCCUUCUCUUUGAUGACCACCUUCCCUCGAAAAGUCUUUACUGAAGAAGAUAUGCAGAAACCUUUGAAAGCUCUAGGGUUGGUUCCAUCAGCUGUUCUUACAGUGACCAAACCUCAGUAAGCAACGAUACACACCUUACAAAGUUAUUAGGUAUCACAAAUAGUUUGACUGUAUGAAGUAAUAUGAGUUUCAAAAAAUCCAGUUUCCUCUUUUAUAACCGAUUGCUGUAAAAUUUUACAAAAUAAGAAGUGCUUACUAGUUAGAAAUGACAUCUCCGUGGAGACACCGAGCUUCUUCUGCAAUUGAAAAAUAUGCAAAGUGAUGAUUUUCUUCUUCCAGUUGAAUUACGAAUAAAUUAAAGCACAAAUAUCUUAGUAAGGUACCUCAAUUUAUAUAUAUAUUAAACAUUGUGCAUUCGUUACAGGAUGUUAUUUCCAUUUUUAAGUUACAUAAUGCUGAAAUAAAACUUGUUAUUGUUUUGAUACAAAUUACUUUUUUGUUCAUUGUCUUUUAGUGUAUUGUUUUAAACGAAAGAAAAGUGGUUAAACAAGUUUAGUUAGUAAAAAAACGAUUCUCAAAAUGAAGAAAGAAGGUUACUUUUAUUUUUCUAAUAUAGUGUGUUAA